UUAUCAACGUAAAUGAACAGAAGAGUUUGGCUGCGAAGAUAAAACCCUAGCUGCUCCGUGAAGUCGAGCCAUCUUCUCGCCGCAUAGAAGGGAAACAGCAGCAGCAGUCGUCAUGGGUAAAGUGCAUGGUUCUCUAGCUCGUGCUGGUAAGGUGAGAGGCCAAACUCCCAAAGUGGCAAAGCAGGACAAGAAAAAGAAGCCCCGUGGCCGUGCCCACAAGAGGAUGCAAUACAACCGCCGUUUCGUCACAGCAGUUGUGGGAUUUGGCAAGAAGAGAGGGCCCAACUCCUCUGAGAAGUAAAGCUUGAGAGAAUGAGAAGAUGAAGAAACAUUUAUUGACUUUUAGAUGAAGAAACAUUGCUGUUUUUCCUUUCUAAUUAUGACAAUGUUACUGCAGGUUGCUUUUAGUAGUUGAUAUUAACUGUCAGACUAUGUGGAGCAUCUGCCCUUUUUGUUAAUUAUAGAUGAUUUGAUCUUCUUUUCAUUAAAAAUGUUGCUUCAGAAUUU